ACUCCGGUUUUGGAGCAAUUCAUGCAGCAAUUCUCAGCCUAUCGACAAGAUACCUGAUACAAGGAAGAGGUUCCAUCCGCGUCAUGCCCCAGACUGACCAAGAACAUCAGGCAGCUAAAACUCGAGCACUUGGUACGACCGAUAACCUCUCCUUGUCAUCUUUUCUCUCAAUUCGAACAGGCUUCGCGUCUGAGUCGAAAUUCGAUGUCAGCGUUCGCAGAAAGCAGCGGCUUCUGCGUAAAAGCAUGGUCACAUACAUCGGUGCGGCGAGCAAUUUCAUAGAACCCGAGAUUACUUUGGUGUUGUCUCCCAUAACACUUACUCCUCGGCGCGACGACAGGGAUUCUCACUUCUCUGCAACCGUUCCUACCGUCGGCGAUACCCUUGCCACCCUGGAUGAUCUCUGCAACGACAUGGGGGAAGUCUUGAAGCAGAUUUCAGAUACCAGCGCUGAGCUAUCGAAUCAGGAGCAUAUCGGCCUUGAUAGUGCGGAAGAGAUUCUUCGUGACAUAGAUUCAUCAUAUUAUAAAACGACAUCGGCUUUUCCCACGGACACAAGAUAA